AUGGAUGGCACAGGGAUCACCAAUGCAUUGUUCGUCGUAGCCCUAGUGUUCAUCGUCACGGUAGCCGCCGCCGCCAAGGUAGCGAGGUCAAGAACCGAUCUCCCUCCGAAGACGGCGGCGCCGCCUCCGCCGCCUGAGGCCAAGGGCGCUCCUCUGGUCGGGGUCUUCCCGGCGGUGCUGAGCAGGGGCCUGCAGGCCGUGAUCCGCGAGCAGCACAGGGAGCUGGGCAGCGUGUUCACGCUGAGGUCGCUCGGGCUGGCGGUGACGUUCCUCGUCGGCCCGGAGUCCUCUGGCCACUUCUUCCAUGCGCCGGAGUCGGAGAUCGCCAUCGACGACGUCUACAAGGUCACCGUCCCCAUAUUUGGCCGCGGCGUCGGCUACGACGUGGACCUGGACACCCGGAACGAGCAGCACCGUUUCUUCGCCAAGACGCUGAGGCCAGCCAAACUGAGGAGGCAUGUUCAUCCCAUGGUCCAUGAGGUCGAGGAUUUUUUCGGGAAAUGGGGAAAUUCUGGAGUGGUGGAUCUGAAAGAAGAGGUCGAUCAUUUGCUGAUGCUGAUCGCAAGCCGGUGCCUGCUCGGGAAGGAGGUCCGGGAGAACAUGUUCGACGAGGUGUCGUCCCUCCUCCACGAGCUCAUCGGGGGCUUGCACCUGGUCAGCAUGUUCUUCCCCUACCUGCCGACGCCGGCGCACCGCCGCCGUGACAGGGCGCGCGCGAGGCUUGAGGAGAUAUUCUCCGAGAUCGCCGGGGCACGCAGGGGCUCUGGCCGCGUCGAGGACGACAUGCUGCAGGAGCUGAUGGACUCGAGGUACGGGGACGGCCGUGCCACGACGGGCGCGGAGGUCACCGGAAUGCUCGUGGCGCUGCUCUUCGCCGGCCAGCACACGAGCUCCACCGUAACGGUCUGGACGGCGCUGCGGCUGCUCACCCACCCCACGCACUUGCACACCGCCAUGGCAGAGCAGGAGGAGUGGCUCGUGGGGAAGGAGGAACAGAUCGACUACGACGUGCUCCAGCAGAUGGGCUUCCUGCAUCGCUGCAUCAAGGAGGCGAUGAGGCUGCAUCCGGUGACGCAGAUGAUCCUCCGGCGUGCGCGCAGGGGCUUCGCCGUGCGCGCCAAAGAAGGCGGUGAGUACAGCGUCCCAGCCGGAAGGUUGCUGGCGAGUCCCCUGGUGGUCAACAACCUGCUUCCCUACGUCUACAAGGACCCCCACGUUUUUGACCCGGACCGGUUCGCCGCCGGGAGAGCAGAAGACAAGGGCGGCGCCGGAGCCGGCGAUCUGGCGUACGUAGCGUUCGGCGCCGGGAAGCAUGCAUGCAUGGGCGAGGGCUAUGCCUACCAGCAGAUAAAAGUGAUACUGAGCCAUCUGCUGAGGAAAUUUGAGCUCAAACUAGAGUCUCCUUUCCCUGAACCUGAGAACAUGCUGUCAAUGAGACCCAGAGGUGAAGUAAUGGUGAGCUAUAGGAGAAGUGAGUGACUGAAGGACUUGACCCAGUUAUGGAUGGGAACCAAUAAAUCCAAAUGGAAUUAAAUGACUAAAUUAAAACUUAA